GGUAAAAGCAAACCAAUCUGCGAAAAAUACAGCGAGAGCGCAUUGCAGUCCUCCUGCCUCUUCCGGCGCUUUGCUAAUUCCUCUUGAGGGAUCCCAGAUCAGAUUCAGAGAGAAGGAUUCCACGUCUCGCUGUGAUCUAAUCCGGUGAAGAUCUUGAGUUCCUGAAGGAGGAUGAAUAGAAAGAGGGACUCACUGGAGAAAGUGACCACGUCGGCUUGUGGUGAUGAUGGUGAUUUGCAGUUGGGGGCCAAAUUCGAGGUGUUCUUGAAUUUCAGAGGCCCCGACACCCGCCUCAACUUCACCGAUUGUCUCUAUCACUCCUUGGUUGGAGUUGGGAUUCGCGUUUUUCGAGACAACGAAGAGAUCCGAAAGGGAGAAAAGAUUGGAGGCGAGCUUCUCCGUGCCAUCGAAUCAUCCAAAAUAUACGUGCCCAUCUUCUCCAGGAACUAUGCAUCCAGUGUGUGGUGUCUUCGUGAGCUCACGCACAUGGUGGAGUGCUCAAGCAAAGCAAGUGACAAAUUGAUCCUACCCAUUUUCUAUAAUGUGAAUCCUGACGACGUGAAACUUAAAACUCGAUUAUACCUCGACGAUUUGGAGAAGCAUGAGAAGAAGUUCAUGCGUGAUGAAGUUCUAGGAUGGAAGGAGGCUCUGACUGAGGUUGCAACAGUCAAAGGAUGGGGCAUGAAGGACAAAGGCCAUGGUGAAAUCAUUAACACUAUUAUUGAUGAGAUUUUGACCAAACUGACGAAAAGAAAGAGCAAUUUGCCUGAUCAUUUAGUUGGGAUUGAUGAUCAUGUUGAAGCUAUCAUGGACAUGUUAAACGAUGGUUCUCAUGAUGUUCGCUACUUGGUCAUUCAUGGAAUGGGCGGUAUCGGCAAGACAACUCUCGCAAGUGCUGUCUUUAAUCAAAUCUCCAAUCAAUUUCAAGGUUAUAGCUUCCUUUUGGACAUUCGCGAAUCUAUGCAACAUGGUAGAAUGGUUGAGUUACAAAAACAGUUGUUAUCAGAAAUCCUCCAAGGCAGAUCUCUAGAUAUCCACAAUUCUGUUGAUGUAGGGAUUGAAAUAAUUAGAGAAAGGUUACAUGAUAAGAAAGUUCUUCUUGUUCUCGAUGACGUGGAUAAGUGGGAGCAACUCUCUAAACUAGCAGGAAAGAGCGAUUGGUUUGGUCCAGGAAGCAAAAUCAUCAUUACAACGAGGGACAUCAACUUUUUGCCAAUCAAAGAGGAGGACAAAGAGAGUAGUUUCCAAGCACAUUCUCAAGAAUUUAAAAUCUAUGAAAUGAUAGAAAUGGAUCCUUUCCAUGCUCUUCGGCUUUUUAGUAAACAUGCCUUCAGGAUGGAUUGGCCACCACAUGACUAUGAUGAUAUCUCACACGAAAUUAUUAGAAAGACAGGUGGACUUCCAUUAGCUCUGGAGGUUAUUGGUUCCUCACUUUACUGCAAAAGCAAAAAGUUUUGGAAAGACACAUUGAAGAAGUUAGAUUUUGUGCCCAAGCAAGAAGUCUUCAAUAAAUUAAAGAUUAGUUAUGACAUGUUAGAGCAUCGUCAAAGAGAUCUUCCUUGA